CAAAUCGAUGAUACAAAUAUGCGCGCGUUGUAAACGCUAGUCACUCUUCUGUUAGAUGCUGUAAUCGCAGCCUGCUUUCAUUUCAGCAUGAACACGGAUUGCUUUCGUUGUGGAAUACUGGAAAUAAUGUCCGGACGAUAGAUUGAAAAUCGAUUGCAUCUCAUGAGAUAUUCGGAUAUUAGUCGCUUGUUUGGAAACGAAACGAUGCAUUAUGAUUCAUGGUCAUCUAACACUAACUGGACCAGGACUCUGCAGUGGACGGACAUGAAGAGAUCGGACAGUGUGGAUUAGAUCAUUGGGGAUAUAGCGCUUUGAUUUCUCUCAUCUCUUCUCAAUGUUGGCCUCCAGAGGACCUCUGCCUUUGUGCUCUGAAAUGAAAUAAUGGCGACGCACUGGGCUGCAUCAAUGCCACACGAUGAGCCGAAAAAUUCAGCCGUGUUGCCAGUUUGCGAGGCCAAGAAGGAUGGUUGUGAGCGCAGUGAGGCAUCGGCUCUGUCUCCGGCCACUGAAGAGGAGCCUUUCUCAUGGCCGGGGCCUAAAACACUGCACCUGCGGCGCACCUCGCACGGCUUCGGCUUCACACUUCGCCACUUCAUCGUUUACCCGCCGGAGUCUGCAGUACAGUGCUCUCUUAAGGAUGAAGACAAUAGCGGCAGAGGGAGACAGCGGAACAGACUGGAGCCAAUGGAUACCAUCUUUGUCAAGCAGGUGAAGGAGGGAGGCCCCGCCCAUGGAGCUGGACUCUGCACUGGGGAUCGCAUCGUAAAAGUCAACGGAGAAAGCAUCAUCGGAAAGACGUAUUCCCAAGUAAUCGCCCUGAUCCAGAACAGUGUCACGACUCUGGAGCUCUGCGUUAUGCCAAAAGAUGAAGACAUUUUACAGCUGUUCUCCAGGGACAUCACUGCACUGGCUUAUUCUCAAGAUGCAUACCUCAAAGUAAACGAGGCAUAUUGUGGAAAUGCCCAGAAUAUCCCUGAGCCGCCCCCAGUUUGUUACCCACGGAUAGAGCCCAAUGCAUUGGCCAUGGCAAAGGUGCUGGAGCCUUCACCUGCCGAGGCUACAUGUGGAACUGGACAAGGGACAAACUGCUCCAAGCCUGACAUAGUCGACUGUGUGGAUAUACCUAUAUCUGCCCCUACCCUAGUCCAAACCUCUCAGGUCCCCAAGACCCAAACUGUUGUGCAUGUAUUUAACAAGAGUGUGAGGACAAUGGUAGCAUCACCUGAAUCUACAGAUCAAACUUCACACAUGGCCUGGGCUGGUCCUAGCCACAGGACGGAAGAGAACAGGUACGUAGCUUCCACAGAGCCAGAUCUUAACAGGUCCAGAACCAAUGUCACUUCAUCUCCAACUGGGGCAGCACAAUCACACAUACCCAAUAGAACUGCAGAGUCCACUGGGUUCUCUAGCAGUAUCCCUAGAACUGCACUGACUGGAGUGGACACAACCCCUAAAAAUUUCCAAAGACAUACCCUAAACUUAACAGCAGAAACCUUUCCAUCAGCCACCUCUCCAACCCCUGACACACCUUCCCCUCCAGCAGCCACACCUUCUGCCUGCUCCCCCCACCAGAACAUUGACUGGAGAAACUACACCACCUACAAGGAGUACAUAGAGAACAAACGGCUCUACAUGUAUGGCUGCCGGACCAUUCAAGAACGUCUGGACAAUCUGCGAGCCACAACCCCAUCCAGUACAAGAGAAUACAGCAAGCCAAAAAGCGCUUCUACAACAGCUACACCCUCACAAGGCUUUACUGGAUCACAGCUGAGACAGAGGAGUGCCUCACAUGAUUGGAGUUGUCUUGGAUCUAGCAUGCUCCCUCUGCGUAGUGCCUCUCAGGAGAGGCUUGGUGGUGCUGAACGGGCUGCUCCAGCAUGGAAUUGGCCUCGCAGUGCUUCCCAGGAUGCCCUCCCGUUGGCACCCACAGGUAUUCCAAAACUCAGAGCGCAUUCUUGCGACUACCUGGGUAGACAGAAUGACGGUGCAGCAUCCAUGUUGGACAGGCAGGCAUGCUGCAGAACUGAGACAGAAGAGAGGUUACUUGUGCAUAGAGGGUACGAGGCAAGAGUUAGUAGGCAGUCUUCUUUACGCAUGGUGCCACAGUCUUACAGAACACAGGGGAUAUUUAGCCCAGACAGGCAAGAGGGCAGCUACACAGGGUUGCCUAUCACGCCUCUUUUCACUAGAGGUACGGAUUCUGUCACCUCCAAAGCUGAAAGCCUGUGUAAAACCACUACUCCUUCCAUAAACAGGCCCUCACAGCUACCUGCAAAUAAUUAUUUCUCAGACUCUUCAACUGCUGCUGCUUCUUAUAUAGCCUCUGCCCUGGCCUCAAUACAAGGCCACAUCAGUGGUAGCUCCAACACAGGCUCAAUCAAAGACCAAAGAACACCUCUCACUACCAACCACCUGCCCCACAAUGCAAAGCAGCCCAGAGGGCGGGCUGACAGUCUUCAGGAGGUAGCCCGUAGAUGUCGCUCUUCAUCCUGCUCUGCUGUCUCAAAAUCACUUAGAACAAAGCAGGGUGGAACCAAGUCCAUUUUGACCAGUAACGGCACAGUUCCUCAGCAACCCCAGUUAACAGAACUACAGCUCCAAGCCCAUGAGAAGGAAGUGGAGGGUAUAGAGGGUCCUGAUGCCACUGUAGUUGUGGUUCGGAGGGAGAAGUCUGGAUCUCAACCCAUCCGACACCCCUCAUACAUUCUGGCAGUGAAUGAGACAGAGCCACCUGCCAGUUCCAACACAUGCUGGCUGCCCAAAGACGCCUGGCGUGAAAUGAACAUUAUGAAACUAGGAGACAAGUGCAAGACCUACUUCUCCAGCAACCUUAAUGACUCACUUGACUCCAUCCCCUUUAUUGAUGAGCCGUCAAGCUCCAGUAACGACCAUGACGCAACACACAUGCCUGCAUCUGAUGUGAUUUCCAGCAUGCCUGUCAUUACCACCAUCCCGCCCAGUCCCACGUCCCCAUCUCCUGUUAUACGCCGCCAGCUGUCCCACGACCAGGAUUCUUUACGACUCACGAUUCUGGAGUCAGAUUCUGGUGCUAAAACGGAGCGUUCCAAAUCCUUCGAUGAGGGUUUGGAUAUCUACAGAGAAGAGGGGAGAGGCAGGUCCAUUAAACACACCCAUGGAUUCAGGGGCCUUAGAAAGGCUGUUGAUAAGUCCUCUGAGGACUCUGGCUCUGGCUCCAGAAGAGACUCUACUUCAGACAUCUUUACUGAUGCCACAAAGGAGGGUCCGCUUCAUUUCAAGCAGAUCAACUCAGAUAAGGGCAAGCGUGUUGGCAGUGGCAUGCGGCCAUGGAAACUGAUCUAUGCUGUGCUUCGUGGCCACUGCCUCUACCUGUACAAAGACAAGAGGGACAACUCUCAAACCGAGGAUGAGCCUCUGCCAAUCAGCAUCAAAGCCUGUUUGAUUGACAUCUCCUACAGUGACACAAAGCGGAAGAACGUGCUGCGGCUGACUACGUCAGACUGCGAGUACCUGUUCCAGGCAGAAGACCGUGAGGAAAUGCUGUCCUGGAUCCGAAUCAUUCAGGAGAACAGCAACUUAGAUGAAGAGAAUGCCACUGUUACAAGCACAGACCUCAUCAACCGGAAAAUAAAGGAGUACAACACUCUGAUGAGUCCACCCAGCAGUAAGACCGAACCGUCUCCGAAGGCUUCGCGUCAGUCGCUGAGCAUCAGACAGACAUUGUUAGGUGGUAAAGGUGAGAGUAAAGCCACAAGUCCCCACUCACCAAACAAGGACCACGACAGGAAAGCCAUGCAUAAAGAUGAAACGAGUCCACCCAAAGAUAAGGGCGCAUGGAGGAAGGGCAUCCCUGGACUGAUGAGAAAGCCAUUUGAAAAGAAACAGUCUCAAGGAGUCACGUUUGGAGUAAGACUAGAUGACUGUCCUCCAGCUCAGACCAACAGAUUUGUUCCUCUGAUAGUGGAAGUGUGCUGUAAGCUGGUGGAAGAACGAGGACUGGAAUACACGGGCAUUUACAGAGUGCCAGGAAAUAACGCUGCCAUCUCUAUCAUGCAGGAAGAGCUCAAUAACAAGGGCAUGGGCGACAUUGAUAUUCAGGAUGAUAAAUGGAAGGACUUAAAUGUGAUCAGCAGUUUGCUCAAAUCAUUCUUCAGGAAACUUCCCGAACCUCUCUUCACUGAUGAGAGGUAUGCAGACUUUAUUGACGGCAACAGAAUAGAGGAUCCUGUGGAGAGACUCAAAGUGCUCAAGAGACUGCUUCACGAGUUGCCUGAUCAUCAUUACGAAACACUGAAGUUCCUCUCCGCACAUCUCAAGACUGUAGCUGAAAACUCGGAAAAGAACAAGAUGGAGCCUCGGAAUCUGGCCAUUGUGUUCGGACCAACACUGGUGAGGACAUCUGAAGACAACAUGACUCACAUGGUGACACACAUGCCGGAUCAGUACAAGAUUGUGGAAACUCUCAUUCAGCAUUAUGACUGGUUCUUCACUGAGGAGGGCGAUAAUGAGCCUAUGACUACGGUGCAGGAAGAAAGUGCUGUGGAGUCUCAGCCUGUGCCAAACAUCGACCACCUACUGACCAACAUCGGCCGGACAGGCACCUCUCCUGGGGAAGUGUCAGAUUCACCAACCAGUGACUCUGCUAAAUCUAAGCAGGGCUCUUGGGGUUCAGGGAAGGACCAGUGCAGCCACGAAUUCCUGCAGCCACGAGUCUCCUCCAUCUUUGCUGCAGCCAACCGCAAACGAAAGAAGCACAAGGAGAAGCUGCAACCCAGCAGUUCUGAUGAUGACCUUGAUACCGUCUUCACCAAAAAAGAAAAUCCAACUCAAAAGCAGAACCACCAAUGCCAGAAGGAAGUGGCAGACAGGUCCAGCCCAUGCGGAAAAUCACCUGUUGGACAGAAGAAGAAUGGCAUAGGUGCUGAAUCCACCCAAAAGAACAUGAAGGAGCACAGGAACUCGUUCUUUAUGAAGACCUCGCCCAAGCUCUCAUGUUCACCCGUUCUCAAUCGUCCUUCCAAAUCGUCCCUCUCUGAUCCUUCAUCACAGUUAGAUGAGAUCACCUCAGACUUGUGUACCAUGAGCUCUGGAGCAUCUGUACCCAGGACUAGGCCUCGGAAAUGGGGCACAGCAUCAUCACCUACCCCUGAGCUGUUACCACCUCCUGGAGGGGCUUCAGUGACUGCAGAAGUGAGCUCCAUUACCUCAGACUACUCAACCACUUCUUCCACCACCUUCCUGAUAGGAGUGGAGUCUGUUACAUUGAGCCCAGAGGUGCAAUCUGUGACUGAAAGCCGAGGUGGAGACGAAGCAGAUGAUGAGCAAAGCGAGCUCAUCAGUGAGGGACGGCCAAUGGAAACUGACAGCGAGAGUGAUUUCCCUUUGUUCAGCCCUGCCAAUGCUUCCCGAGACAUCCCAAACACAAUAUCAACCGCAGCGGAUGACGGCAGCACCACGCCAAAACUGGACAGCCAUCACUUGCUACCCUCCCAUAAGCUCAUAGACUGUGACACUCUAUCCAGGAGGCGGUCGCUGCAACAAAAGACAGACAGCGAUUCAUCUGUGGAAGCAGGGGUAGGUAGCGUGAAUCAAGGGGUCAGCAAGAACGAAUCAACCCGACUAUCUCGAGUUCUGGAGGUGAUGAAAAGAGGCCGUUCAACUGGCAGUCUCAGUAGCUCAUUCCGCACUGAAUCGGACCGUGUUGAGCUAGCAUGGCAUCUUAAACUCACAGAGAGACUCAAGUUCCGUCUGCGCUCCUCUGCCGAUGACAUGCUUGGGGUUGGCAUGCAGAAGUCCCGCUCUACGGAAACCCGUGGUAAGAAAAAGGGUAUCCGACGGCGGCAUACUAUGUGUGGCCAGCAGGACUUUGCUGAACUUGAUGUAAUUCAUGACUGGAGGGAACAGGGUGGGGUGGACCAAGGUGCUGAACUGUCUGCUGUGGAGCGUGUCAAAUCCAAGUGCGAUUCUCAGGACUUAUCUAUCCGGGAAUGGAUUGCUCGUGAGCACCGUCGGGCUGGGGGUUCCCAGGCCAGUUUGGAGCCGGAUAGUCAGGUUGGUCGAGAGGUGGCAGAAACAGGAGAGACUCAAGCAGAGGGUGCAGAGCGGCUGACUCUCUCUGCCUCUUCAUGUACGCAGUCCAGCUCUGAGCAAGUAAAUGGUGGUGCUUCAAAGGGCAAAUCCAGAAACAGCCCAAAUCCAGGGGCUGAUCCUCAUCCACAGAAACUUUCAGGAGCCCAAGUAGUGCAUUCUCGAUUCUACCAAUAUCUUUGAAAGAAAAGAUGCAUUUGCAUGUGUGAAAGUGUGUGUCAUAAUGUAUGUCUAAGCGAAUGAAUGUACUUAGAACUAAGGUGAAUCCACCUUUAUUUUGCCCCCCCCCCCCUUUUUGUUUAAAAAUGUUUUUAUUUUUACAAAGUAUAUAUAAAUAUGAAUAUAUAUUAUAAAUAUAAAUUGUAUAUAUCUAUAUGUAUUGGCUAAUAAGAAAAGUAACUGGAGUAAUAUUAACAAAUUUUUGUUCCUCUUUGCUUUUGGAUCAGUAGUGGGGCUUUUCUCUUGAAAAGCUUGUAAUAUGUGCAGUGAAGUGGCCUGUUGUUCAGAGGCUGUAAAAAAAUCACGUUUUAUCAACUGCCUCCGCUGCUGCUACAGCAUAAAUCUUGGACAGAAAUGCAUUGGUGAAACUUUUACUGAAGGAUAUGAAUAUAUUAAAAAAAAAGGCAUCUCUUCCAAGGUUACGAUAGUCAAAAAAAAAAAAAAAAACUCUUUGUGAUGUUUCUCAUAUGAAAAUAUAAUAUGCUUGCUGUUAUAUUGACUAACACAAUUGCUUGUUCCAUUUUUCAUCUGGAAAGAAGUGUAAAUAAUUUCUGUUUUUGAAGUAUAUUUUUUAUUAUCAAGGUGAGCCCUGAUUGGGGCAGUUUUCUGUGCUGUGUGCUGUGGAAAUCUCUUUUACAGUGCAUCAUAACAGCCAGAUGUAAACAUGGAAGUAAAAGAAUGAAAACUUUUUAUAUUUCUUAAGGCAUGUGAAAGUGUUAUACUGAAAGUGCCAGAGCCUAAACAUCUGUAGCAGUACCAGGCUUACUGGCACAGUCAUGGUAAACCCUUUGAAUGCAAAGUACGAACUAACAGCAAAUAAGUUGUCAAACCACAAGGAAUUCUGUUUCCUCACAAUAAAGUGCCUCUCAAUUGGUUCUGGUGACAGGAAAGUUGUCAUUUUGUUAAUUUUGUUGUUUGUGUUAAUGUGGAAUAUGUAUUGUGAAUGACUGAAUUUUAUAAUAGAAAAAAAAAAGAAAAAUACAUUUUUAUACAAAAUGAUGCAAAAGCAGACCCAGAACUUCCAUUGCUUCAUCAGUCUAGUCUUAAGUCAUCUCGUGCACUGUCACUGGAUAUGUCUUUACCCUGGUCUGUUAUUGGGGCAAGAAUUUAAAUAUGUAUUUGUUUUUUUUGGUGUGUUUUUUUGUAUGUUACUUUUGUCAGAAUUCUGAGCUGACCAGUGCAGUAGCUGGCAUAAGAAGUAAUUCAUCGGGAGAGUAUGCAUGACGUCAUACUUCUGAUGACGUCAGAGAUUCCAUCUGACCUCUGUAUGCUUAUGUGUGGAUCCCAGCUGCAAAGAGAAAAAAAAACACUGGAAAUAAAUGAUCUUUG